AUCGUUUUAACAACAAUCAUGGUCGAUCAUUACCCACUCUCUGAGUUUUUGCAUGCAGCAAAAUUUAAUUGUUUUGCAUAAAAGCUAUUAGUAGCAGCUUUAUGUUAUGUAGCUUUGACAUCUCCACCGAGGCAUCAGCACCUGCGGUGCUUUCAUUAGUAUUGUAGCUAACAAAAAGCUAGCGCUUUACUGCAAGGCUAACUCAUAUGUUGAAUAGAAAGUUUGUGAGGACAGAUGAUGCUAUGAAAGAUUCUGAAGAGACUGCAACAGCCUUCAAUGCUGAUGAUCCAUUAGAGUUUCUUUCUGGUGAUCUCUGGAGAAAGAGGAGUGUGAAAAAUGGCAAAGUUAAGCUAACGAACACAAAGGAGAUAGCCAGGUACAUACAGCAUGCUGGAAACUAUGAAAAGGCUUUGCUCAAAGUGAUAUUGGAGACAGACUCUACCAAGUUCUCUGAGGCUAGCAUUGGAUUCUAUGUGUCUGAGCUGAUUCAGAAAGGAGCGAAGGUUACAACCACUGAUGAGGAAGGAAACACACCACUCCACUUAGCAGCUAGACGAGGUUUACCUGACGUAGCCAAAGAGCUCCUUCGUUGGGGGGCCGACCCUCACACUGAAAACAUGAGGAACAAAACUCCACUGGAGGUAGCCAUUCUUCAGGCUCUCACAAGAGAAGAGUCUACACAGGACUUUAUACACGAUUUCAAUGCACUUGCUGUGCUUAUAUGUAAGGAAAUGCAGCCAGCCAAAGUUCGAGGUUUGUUCUUGUCCGAGAUUGGAAGCAUACCGCACCUGAACUUUCAUGACCUCCUGGACAAUGAGGAUUUACAUGAUACACUGAAUGCUGUGAUGGACACACUGAUUGAGAAGGUACCUGGCAAAAAACGAACCUUCACAGUUUACUAUGAUAUAUUGGAGUCCAACAAAGAAGGAAAGAUUGUCAAGACUCCUAAUAUAGGUACUCUUCGCAGAAAACUGGGCAAGUCAGCCUUUGAAAAGAUUGCAUGGACUGGGAAUAAGGAAGCAGCCUCUCAUCUGGUAGUUCGUCUUUUGAUAAAUAGCAAGUGGAAACGUUUUGCCAGAAACUUUCUCAUUUCCCACUUCUUCUACUGGGCCAUCACAAUGAUAGCAAUAUCAUCUGCUCUGAUCAUUGCUGCAACUCAACCUGACCCACAUGUCUAUGAUGAACCGGUGGACAUCUUUCGUGGCUUGUGUGAGGGCCUGGCCAUUCUACUAAUCACAGCAGCUGCAAUCAAUGAGAUUUAUAACCUUUGUCUAUGGAGACUUACUUACUUUCUGGACUAUAGUUUCUUUCUCUACAACUAUCUUAAUCUGCUGACGAUGCUUUUCAUGAUUAUCCUUAUUCCACUACGAGCACUGCAAUUGAAUGAGGAGUGGGUGUUUGCCUGCCUGUUGUAUACAUGCUACUCUAUCAGGGUCAUGCGAUACGUUACGUCUAUCAAGAUACUUGGGACCUACAUUCACAUCCUGUACCUGAUCAUCCAGAGAGACCUUGUUCCGUUCAUUUCAAUCCUCCUGAUUGUUUUGUACAUUUUUUCCGGUGGUUUCUACUUUGCCCUGCGAAAAGAAGAGAUUGUCCCAACUCUAAUCACACCUCAGUGUAACUUCAGUGUGGUAGAGGGAGCUCUGAAUACAUUAAAUCUGACGGUAUCUCAAGUACAAGAUGCAGUGAACACGUCCACUAUUCCUUUUAUGACAAGCCUUGAUAUCAACCCUGCUGAAACGAGCACCUUCUACCGAGUCUUCUUCACUGGAAUAAGAAUUGCAGUGGAAGCAGGUAGUGUCUUGACAUAUUUUGGACCAAGUGGCUUUGGUUGGCUAGGUGUCACUACGUACCUCAUCUUCCUGUUCACACUGGAGGUAGUCAUGCUAAACUUGCUGAUUGCUCAGAUGUCCGACACUUUCUCCAACGUGCAAGGAGAUGCUCAGCGCUCACUGGCUAUUAAUAAAGCCAGGACCAUAAUCAAUAUUGAGAGAACUGGUCUUUCAUUUUUGAGGUGUGCAGCGGAUUUUUACAAAGUGAAAGAAAAAUGGAUGAAUCCUCAAAAGCACGUUGAGAAGCUGGAUAAAACGUCCAUUACAAAUAUACACACAAUCUCACUCAAGACUCAGGAAACAGUCAACCAACACAGCGGUGUUUUGGACGAAUUGCGAGACUCCCUUGCAGACCAAAGCUUGACCACAAAUGACAAGCUGGACAUGCUUUUUAAAAAGCUGGCUCAGCUUGAAUCAAGGCUACAGUGACAUUAAUAAUUAUAGAUUAUCUAGCUACCAAUUAGGAUUUUGCACCAGAAUGUUUCUAUAUUGUGCAUGUAUAAUUAUGUUUUCUGUAUCAUAGUUUAUUUGUGCAUUAAACUGCUCAACCUACAUGC